UGUAAAAAUUUAUUCUUUAAUUCCUGAACAAAAAAGAUAUACUAUUCAUAAUCAUUAUAAGCCUAAUAAUGUUAAGCAGUAUGAAUUAGAAAAACAUUUAAAUAAGGCUAUUGAAACUAUCAUUAAGACUAAGACUGAAUAA